AUGGUUCAUUCUCUUCCUCUAGGUUUGACGUUAUCAUCCCCCGGACUAGCAUUCGUGUGCCCAACGUGCAACCGAUCACUGAAGUCCCGGCCGGUUCUGAUGAAGCACAUGAAACUCCACGACCGAAACCGUAAAAUCUACGAUUGCCAGCUUUGCUCAUACACCUGCAACUUCGGGUUCAACCUGAAACGACACAUCGCAACGGUGCACGCCAGACAGGCCCCGCUCGCGACCUCACCUGGCAGUAACACUACGCUCAGAAGAGAAAGCCGCGAGCUGAAAAUUAUCAGUCCGAAAGCUAUCAAACAGGAGAUCGUCGACGAGGUCGAAGAUGAAUUCCUCACGCGGUACAACAGUUUCAUCAACAAUAUGCAGUCCUCUGUCCAGGGCAAGACCGACUUCACCGGCAGCGCGAAUCGCAACGCCACCAGCGACAACCAAUGUCCGAUCUGCAAGAAAUCCUAUUCAACCAAACACUCGAUGCGCAGGCAUAUGCUCAUGCAUAAGCCUUUCAAUAGGAGAUUCGAAUGCGUCAUCUGCCAGAAAAUGUUCAAUUGGCCCGGAAACCUUCGCACCCAUUUGCAAACGAUUCAUCAGAUGCGACCUGAAGAGUUCGAGUUCAAAAACUACAAGUUCCCCGAGCCAGAGGAAAUAAUUUUGGAAGCUUCCGCCGCUGGAAACCAAUAA